CCGUAAAUUCCUCGCAUCGUACCGCGGCCACUUCAGCUGCGGCUGGAGAUUGGAAAGGUGGAGGCGUGGAAUAGUUAAAAUCGUCGACACACCACCACCUCCUUUCGCUCGCGGAGCAUAAAACCUGUGGGAAAACACUCAAGACAAACAACAAGCGAGGAAAGACCGACGAAAAUCAAUAAUGGCCGCCCAAACCGCUCCCACCCAAUUCGUCGACAGCGCGCAAGGCAUUCGCUUCGCCUACCGCACCAUCGUCACCAACAGCACCUCAGGCGUGCCUUUGGUAUGCCACAACCACUUCCGCGGCAACAUGGACUGGUGGGAUCCCAGCCUACUCAACGCCCUCGCAAAGCGACGCCCCGUCGUCCUCUUCGACGGACAGGGAGUCGGGCGCACAGCCGGCACGGUGCCGCUGAGUAUCGAGGACAUGGCGGAGGAUAUGAUUCAUUUCGUUGAGGCGGUUCCGGCGUUGCAGGGGAGGAAGGUGGAUUUGUUGGGGUAUUCGAUGGGGUCGAGAGUUGUGCAGGCCGUUGCGCUCUUGAGACCUGAUCUCGUGCGGAAACUCGUGCUCGCGGGCGCGGCGCCGGUGUACAAGACUCCUGACACUCCGGCUGCGCCGCCGAGGGGUCAGAUGGGAGCGAUGGUAAAAGCGACUUCCUCCCAGGAGACCAAAGACGCUUUCCGCCUUGCCCUCUUUGGGGACAGAGAACUGCAUCGCAAGCACCUCGAAGCGUACUGGGCCAGACUCGAGGAGAGGAACGUUGAGCCUCCCAAUCUGCGUGCUCUUGACGUCGAACCAGGCACGAUGAAUCAGAUCAAGGCGAGUAUGAAGGCUGAUGGCGCGGAGAAUGCUCGGUGGCCCGACCGGCUCGCGGAGCUGAAAAUGCCCGCCCUCGUCUGCAACGGCGACAACGAUCUCGUGCUUGGCAAUGAGCGCACGCUGGAGUUGUUCCAUCGCCUGCCUAACGCGCAGCUGAUCAUGUACCCCAAGUCUGGUCAUGGGUUUCUGUGGCAGUAUGCGGAGCUCUUUGCCGAACAUGUGAAUACCUUUCUUGACACGGCGGCUUUUGACGAAGAUUGAGAUGAGAGACGAGCGAGAGGAGACAUCAGCGUAGUAGAACCAAGACAUAGAUAGUAAAAAGGGCGUAUCAUCCGCUCGCUCUUAACACCCACAAAAAC